AAGCCACCACAAAGGAUGUCUGGCCAAGGGCGAGGCUGCUACGCAACAUGUCCCUCAUCUACAGUGAUGAUACAACCACCGCCAUUUGUUCUGACCAUUCCAGGACCCUCCCUGUACUGCCCCACUAAGCCGUUUUGCAUAACUCAACAAAGUCAUCGUAUGCUUGGUGGUGGAGGCGGAAUGGGAGGCGGAAUGGGUGGAGGAAUGGGAGGAGGAAUGGGAGGAGGAAUGGGAGGAGGAAUGGGUGGAGGAAUGGGAGGAGGAAUGGGAGGAGGAAUGGGUGGAGGAAUGGGAGGAGGAAUGGGAGGAGGCAGUGGUGGUGGUGGUGGAGGAGGAGGAAAAGGAGGAAGAGGAGGAAGAGGAGGUGGUAGUUGUGGUGGUAGUGGUGGUGGAGGCGGAGGAGGAAGAGGAGGAGGAAAAGGCAAAUUCUUUUUCUAUGAUGAUGAUGCCUCCUCUUGCUGUGACAAUCCCGCACCUCUGGAAUACUUCUAUGAAGAACCUUCCUAUCCAGAAUCAGAAUCAGGAUAUGGUUCAGGCAUUGCAACCCUGUACCGUUCCAGGUUAAAUCUGCCUAGCAACUACCCACUCUUAUAACUGACCAACGGCAAAGACAUAAGAAAACGAAGACAAGACAGAAUGAUGCACGGACGACCUCUUUCAAGUAAACUUUCACCAAUUCUCCCCCAUCCCUGACUUACACUAUGAAGAACUGUGACUGGAUAGAAGUUCUGAAAGUCACUUUUGGAAAAGUCAACUCUUCCUUCUGCUAUAGUUUGGAAUGAACAGUCUUUCCCCCUGGUAUAUCUUGCCAUUCAUCGUGUCCAUUAUAGAUUCCGAAUUUUGGAGCUUAAAGAUUUGUUGAACACUGUUAUAACCUGUAACUAUGUGAUAAGCAGGAGGAGAAGCAAAGAGGGAAAAUGGAAAGACGAGGAAGAAGAUGAAGAAUUAGAAGUUCAUAUGUUGUUGUUGACAUAUUGUUCCACUUUGCUCCACUACGAAAUUAUACUGUUGUUCUUUCAUCCCACUUGAUCUCUUCUCAGCUUUGUUUUGAAGGCCUAUACAAUGUUCUCCUUUCAACUUCACUCUAUAUUAAAUCUUGCAAACCAUCA